AUGAGCACCUCAUUGGAGUCUAAGCCUCAACUCGUUGUCAUCUCGUUAGACUACCAGCCCUUUUUUGACGAGAUGUACGCUGGCCUGCUCAGUCGACUCCUGGAGAAGGCAUCGAUGCAACGAACCAAAAAGCCGGCUGCCGCCCUCAACCGCUUGCAACAGAACCCGCCCCCGGCCGCCGUGCUCAUUACGGAUUCGGCUCUCACCGAGGCGUUUCCUGACGUAUGGAACGCCGUCAUCGCCUAUGUCCGCCAGGGCGGCACAGCCAUUGUCAUGGGUCAUUUCAGCAGUUUUGUCAAGCCCGACAACAUCAAGCCCUUCUUCGCAAAAGCAGGAUUAGACUGGGCAAGGGGCGACUACCACAGAACCACGGUCACGCUCAACCCACAGGCAGCCGGUAGCGCUGCAGAGAGACUUCCGACCCGGUACAGCCAGAAGGCAUUAUUUCUGAAGGGGGUGCAUCCGACUGCGGUCCUAUACGGCCCAAACGAGACCUCAGUCACUCAGUCACAUGUCUUCUCCGCCGAGGAAGUUGCAGAUUUGACACAGGCCGCGAUCUCUUUCGCGCAAGUAGGCGACGGCAAGAUGGGAUAUGUCGGGGACGUGAACACUGAGGAGGAGACAGGGGAUGUGAUACUGGCCAUGUGUGGCUUACGAGUCUAG